GUGCAGGCAGUAGCCGUCCUGCCGCGGUCCCUGGGUGUCCUUUGGGGUGUAGCUGAAGGUGGCAGGUGUUCCCGGGCAGGUGUUCCCGCAGCCGCUCCCUAAGCCGGGCCAGCGGCCGCUCCGGCGUGCGGACCGGGACCCCGUCCCGGCGACAGCUCCUGAGCGACGGGGCUGCAGCGCCACAGGGACUGGGGGAAGGAGCUGCCCUCCCGGGUUCGCCUUCCCACCGCUGGUAAGGAACUUGAUGAUCGCUCCCGAAGCCGAGAGCCUGUGUGGGAAAGCCCGAAACCCGGCCGGCCCCCACUGCGAGCUCCCUGGGCGGGGCGGAGCGGCUGCUGCGGGAAGCGAAACUGAAACGGAGCUCGCAGCCAUCUUGGCCGUGUCCCGGUGCCUCUCGGCCGGGACGCGUUCUGUGUGUCGGCCUUUCUUUUUAACCCCGUAUUUUCUCAUAAAAUAAUUUGGCGUGCGGAUGAGACUGAGGGCGGGAGAGUGUGGAGUGAGUAGCAGCUCCUGUCCUGGCUCAGCAGCAGCCUGGUUCCCCCGCGUGUCCCAGCAGUGCGCUAUGAGCAGAGGCACUGGGCGAGGCAGAGGCUCCUGUCUCACCCAGCCAAGGCAUCACUACCCCAUCACUAACCGAGGUCCUUUUAACCACCCUCGUACCCUACAAGAAACUAAUCAGGAAACCUUUUUACACCAGCGGUUCCUAGCAGAGCAGGACGCUGAAGUCUCUGUGUUGCAGGGACAGGGAUCACACAAGGAGUGGCGCACCAGAGGUGGGCGAACUGCGGCACCGGCUCCUGCAGGCAGAGGUCAGCCCAGCUCCGGCAGGGCUGCCGGCCGUAGCUUCUCCAGCCAGCAUCCGCGGGUUGAGGCUCUGCCUCGCUACUGCCCUCCACGGCACCAUCGUCAGGAGAGCUCCAGGAGAGAGUCUGACGCUGUGAGGUUGAAUUUCCAGAAACUGUCUCUUGCUGGGCAAGACUAUGAACGAGAAAUUCUGACUGUUUUCAGGCAGCUUGAGGAGGGGAGGACUUGCACGGCUAAUGAGCUGGCACGUAAACUUAGAACUCAAAAGAAAGAGGUCAACCGUGUUUUGUAUAAACUGCUCAGAGAGGGCAAGUUGCACAAAGAGGGAGAGACACCACCACUGUGGAGGGUUGCCAGCCCUGGUUCAGGGAGAGAUAGAAGCCCUACUGACCACAGUGCUAGUUGCACAGAUCCAGCAAGUUUUGAGAGCUGGGGAGGAGAGUGGAGCACGUUUGGCUUGGGAGACACAGAGAUGGCUGAGACAAAGGAGAAAAUCUGCAACUACUUGUUCAGUGUGGUGGAAACAACAGCUCUCAAUCUUGCCAAGAACAUUGGGUUUUCGAGAGCCAAGGAUGUUAAUGCAUUUCUUAGCGCUCUGGAAAAGCUGGGGGAUGUCCACAAGCAGAAUGCAACUCCACCACGAUGGUCCCUGACAGACAGGAAACGUGAGAGGAUGCAGAUGAGGCUGAAGGCCAGCACAAUAAUGCAGAUGGCAGAUGCCACACCUCCUGAGUCAGGUCUUCUAUCUUCUUUUGUCCCUCCAUGUUCCCCAGAGGUUACUGCAGCUUCAUCAGCAGCAGUGAAAGAAGAAGAAAGUGCAGAAAAUGGGCAGCAGCCUUUGGGGCAGGCUGGUCAGGACAAUGUCAGUGACACAGAACCAGAUGCAUCUGAGGACACUAAGCCUGACUUCUCCAGUUUGAGUAAUUAUGAUAACUCAGAAAACAGCAAGUGGACCACAGAUGAUAUCCCAGAUAAUCUGAAUGCUAUCAGCAAGCAGCCUGAUAAGUCAGAAGGCAUCAUGAAUUCUCAGUCUUCCCCCACUUAUGCUGCCCAGUUCGAAACUGCUUUCCCAUGUACACCUGUAGAGAAACUGAUGGCUUGUCAGGAGAAGAACCCAGUGAGUGGCCUUACCGAAUAUUCCCAGUACACAUACCAGCACUGUGAUUUCAUCAUGCUGGAGCAAAAUGGACCCUCUCAUGAGCCACGGUUUAAGUUCCAGGUAAUGAUCAACGGGCGCCGAUUCCCACCAGCAGAAGCAGGGAGCAAAAAAUUGGCUAAGCAUGAGGCAGCAGCUAAUGCCAUGAAGAUCCUGAUUAGUGAAGUGGAGAAUGGAAGGCAAGGUGGAAUUAAAUGUGAGGAGCCAUUACCCUCCAACAGCUCAGGACCAGAACUGCCUUUGCAGCUGGAGCCAGAGCUGUCAUCUGCAGCAGCUCCCCUCAGCCUGCUUCCUGGGAAGCACCCUAUCAGCAUAUUAAUGGAGUAUGGUCAAAAAUCAGGGAACAUAAUUGAAUUCCAGCUGCUCUCUCAGGAAGGCCCACCUCAUGAUCCUAGGUUCAGCUACUGUGUGAAAAUGGGUGACCAAAUUUUCCCUGCUGUGGUAGGAAACAGCAAGAAGGGAGCAAAGCAAAUGGCAGCAGAAGUUGCUGUGAAGAUUCUUUCUGGAGAGUCUGUACCCCAUGUCUUGCCUGAACAGCCUGUUAUGAAGCCACACAGUGACCAGUCCAUGCACAAUAUUGCCACUCCAGAUGAAUCCAAAGUGGUGAAAACGAAGGGUGUUGGGGAGCUCAUCAAAUAUCUUAACGUCAAUCCUGUCAGUGGCCUGCUGGAAUAUGCCCGUUCCAAUGGGUUUGCUGCAGAGUUCAAACUCAUUGACCAGUCAGGACCUCCCCAUGACCCCAAGUUUGUCUAUCAGGCAAAGGUUGGAGGCCGCUGGUUCCCAGCUGUAACUGCACACAACAAAAAGCAGGGCAAGCAGGAGGCAGCUGAUGCAGCACUCAGAGUCCUGAUUGGGGAAUCAGAGAAGACCGAGCGCAUGGAAGGGAUGAGCACCACUGAGGCAGCCAGAGGAGCAAUUCCUCCAAAGCCAGGAACAGAUUUCCUUGGCUGUGUCUCUGGAAAUAGGCAGCUUCCUGUGAGUGGCAGCACCCUGCACGACCAGCUGGCCAUGCUGAGCCACCAGCGCUUCAACUCCCUCACAGCUCGCCUCCAGCACAGCCUGCUGGGCCGCAAGAUCCUGGCUGCCAUCAUCAUGAGGAGAGGGGAUCAGGGCCUGGGUGUGGUGGUCAGCAUUGGAACAGGUAAUCGCUGUGUGAAAGGAGAAGAGCUAAGCUUGAAGGGGGAGACAGUAAAUGACUGUCAUGCAGAAAUCAUUUCUCGAAGAGGCUUUGUGAGGUUUCUUUACAGUGAGCUGAUGAAGUAUGACCCAUCUAAUCCUUCCUCUGCAGAAGAGAGCAUUUUUGAGCAAGCAGGAGGACAGAAACUCAAAAUAAAGAGCAGUGUUACCUUCCACCUCUAUGUCAGCACAGCACCAUGUGGGGAUGGAGCACUCUUUGAUAAAUCCUGCAGCGAUCAGGCAAACGAGAUGGGACAGCCCCAACAUCAGCCUCUCUUUGAGAACCCCAAGCAAGGCAAGCUGCGGACCAAGGUGGAGAACGGGGAAGGUACCAUUCCAGUGGAGUCAAGUGACAUUGUGCCCACGUGGGACGGGAUCCAGCAUGGGGAGCGCUUACGGACCAUGUCCUGCAGUGACAAAAUCUUACGCUGGAAUGUUCUGGGCUUGCAAGGGGCAUUGCUGUCACACUUCCUGGAGCCAGUUUAUCUCCACUCUCUUACACUCGGUUACUUGUACAGCCAGGGUCACUUGACCCGUGCCAUCUGCUGCCGUAUGGAGAGGGAUGGGAGCACGCUGAAGGAAAAGCUCCAGGCUCCAUACCACAUCAACCACCCUGAGGUUGGGCGAGUCAGCGUGUACGACUCUGCAAGGCAGACAGGCAAGACGAAAGAGUCAUCAGUGAACUGGUGUCUUGCUGACGAGAGUGAAGUUGAAAUCUUGGACGGCACCAAAGGGAAAGUAGAUGGUGUGAAGCUGGAGGUGUCUCGUGUGUCCAAGAGGAAAAUGUUCUCCCUAUUCCAGCAGCUCUGUGCAAAGAACAACCGCAAAGACCUGCAGGGCUUCUCUGUGUACUCAGAUGCCAAGGAGGCAGCCACAGCUUACCAGGCAGCCAAGCAGUGCUUCUUCAGCACGCUGGAAGAGCUGGGCUAUGGCAGCUGGAUCCGCAAACCCCAAGAGGAAGAAAAUUUCUCUGUCCUUGAUGUGUAAGGAAGCACUCUGCAAGGACUGGGGGGUUAAUGUGCACAGGCUGUGCUCAUCCUUCUUCAACCACGUUUUUGGAGUGGAAUCAGGAGUCUGCAGCAGUUUCCUCGUAGGCCUGGCUGCCUUGUCACUGUCACUCAGACCCUGUGUUUUUAAAAUGUGCAUGUAAAUGAUUCUCCUGUUUUUUAAAGCAAGGGCAGGCUUAGUCCCCAUUUGCUUUUUUAUAGUUUUGUCCCCCCCUUUAUUGUUUUUUAAAGAAGGCACGAGUAACCAAAGGAAUUUUCAAGACUGUGAGCUUGAAACCUUUGGACCAUAUACUGCAAAUCUCUCUGGCAGGUUUUGAGGCAAAUUUUUCUCCUUUGAGAUUAAAAAAAAAAAAAAAAAAAAAAAAAAAA